AGCAUGGCUUUCCAAAAUCAUGAAUCGUCCUCUAUCCCUGGUGAAGAAAUAAGCGAUGAAGAGGACUGCGUUCUACCAGCAGAUACAAUGCUCAUCUUGCAGCAGUUUUUGCAAGAGAAAGCAUUGAAAGAACGAUCUGAAGAAGCCGGUGCUGAACCAGAAGGAUAUUUUGAAGAAAAUUGGCAACUAAGCCAAUUUUGGUACAACGAAGACACAAAAAAGAAACUAGCAUUUAUCGUAAGAAAAUUACAAGAGCAAGAUAUUUCAAAUACGUUUCGAGUAGCGCUGCUGUCGGCGCCAUCCGCUUUUAAGCACGUGUUCAAGGAAAAUGAACAAGGUAAGCUGCUAGCGCCGAUUUUAUUUGAGUUCGAUGAACGAUUCGCUUCGUACGGGGACAAUUUCCAACAGUAUGACUACAACAAGGCUUUCGACUCGGAGUACAUGGACGCAUUUGCCGGUCAGUUCGAUUUGGUCAUCGCCGAUCCACCGUUCUUGUCCGAAGAGUGCAUUGAAAAGAUGGGAGUUAUCGUGAAAAAAAUCACGAAACCAAAUUCCAAAAUAAUUCUCUGCUCUGGAGCAGUAGUGCAGGACUGGGCCAAGGAACAUCUAGGAGUUGAUAUGUGCCAAUUUCGACCAGAGCAUGAACGCAAUCUUGGCAAUGAGUUUUGUUCGUACGCUAAUUUUGAUUUAGAUGGUACUCUAAAUAAAGGCAGUUGAUUGGA